CAGCUGGGGGAGGAUUUCCGACCCAGUCACAGCGAAGAUGGUGGCAGCUAUGGGAGUGGAGGUAUUGCGUUUGCCCGGAUAAAGACGGAAAAGCAGCCGCAAAAAACUACUGCUGUGGGUCUGCUUUUAUUCAGCCCCCAACUCCAGCAGAGAGCCGUAUCGAGGGGGGAAAGGGAGGCAACCAGCGGCGGACGGAAGAGGACGCACCACAGCCAGAGCGCACAGUGUUGUGUUUGUUGGACACAUGCAUGCCAGCGAAAACUAGUGCUAUCCAGACCUAAGGAAUUGGCUGAGAUAAGAAGAUAGUGCCAUUUGUGGGGCUGUUUUUUUUUCAUGAUCCCACCGAAGAUCAUAUCCGAGGGUUUUCCUUCAGUGCUCUGGGGAUUUUCUACUUCUUUGCUCUGGGGGUGGGAAUGCGAGUGGAGGAAAUCCAGCCUCAGCUCCAAAUAACCAAAGACUUCUAACUGGGUCUCCUCUCUCCAAACGCAGGAAAUACGGCCUGGGAAAAAAAAAAAAAAAAAGUUUGGGAGCUUUUGGAAACGAGAGGGGGGCCUAUCCCUGACGUUUUGCACGCGUUUUACGACGUGACUUUUAAGUACUGCGUUGUUUUUGUGUUUAAAAAAAAAAUAGAUUAAGCACUCCUGCUGUCCCAAAUGAUACGCUGAAGAAAAGCAGUCAAAUGUUACACGCCGUUGGUGUUGUUAUUGCAAGAGUUUUGAUCAUCACUAUUUAUAGACCAGCCUGUUCCGACCGAGGCUGUUCCUCAUAGCUGUAUAUUUUGCCAACUGCGCGCAACAAGUUGCAGACACUCCCAGCAGAGGCGAACCGACACUAAUUUGGGCCAGCGGAUGGUAUUUUCUGCGCUUCUCUUUUCGGAUUACGCUUCUUUGAAUAGCACAUACCCCCUCCCCGACCCCCUCUUUGGGAAGCAGAGGGGGAAUAAACGGUGGAGAUCCGGAGAGGGAGUUCAGGAAAGGACGGGGCUGGAUCCGUGGGAAUAGGCCUGCCUGUCAGGCCUCUUAUGAUCUGGAUCUUGGACUGGACAGUGCUCCAAAAUAACUCGGUCUGGAAUAUUUUCAAGGGCCCGCUGGAAAAAAAGAUGGAAGGAGCAUGUAUGGGGAUAAGAAAUGCAUUUCCUUAGCACACUGAGCCAUGCAUGACAGGGGCUGUGGAGGAAGGUAAAGCCGCGUUAAUUACUGACCACACACUUUUUUUAGUUAACGGAAUUUAACAGUUUGGCCUCAUUUGAUUGUUUUUUACGUGACGCAUUUUAAAGCAUUGCAAGUAAGAUACGGGAAUUGUUCAACUGGGACUGAUGCAAUAUUUCUUUAUUUGGGAAUAUUGUUCUCAUAGUCUGGAAGCUUUAUGAUGAAAUAAUUCAUUAUGUGCACACUUUUUUUUUUUUUUUGAUAAGCACUGCUAUCUGUCCGUGACGACAAGUUUGUAAGAGGAGAAAGGAAGUGUAAAUGGGCCAUUUGUCGCGCACGUCGUGGAGAUAAAGAGGACAGUGUAACUUUUGUAGCCACUUGCUGAGCACAACGCCAACUGUUGACAGCCCCUAUCUGUCGGUGCUCACGCCAUGAAGCCCUGGACCUGAACGCUGCCUUUCCACACGGACAACGUGAUGUCGGGGGAGUGAAGCCAAAAAAAAAAAAAAAGCCUGGGCAUUUCUCCUGCACGCUGUCUGACUUUGUAAUGUCAACAGUAUCGAAAUAUUGCGCACAUCCAGAGGAGGUCAUUUCCAGCCAUGUAACGUCAGGACUGACUUGAUGAAGGCAUAACAAUAAAAAAAGAAAAAAGAAAAAACCCGUUGCAUCACUAACCAGUCCUUUCCCAGAAGGAUGUUCAAUUCAGGAGGCAGAAAGAGUGAUGACAGUGUUUUUACCGCAGCUGGAGAGAAAGCCGGGCUCAAACCCAGAGCCUCUUUGGAGAAGGACACAUGUAAUGUGAGUACUGACGCAAACCCGGGGUCGGAUAAUGAACUGCUCAAGAAACUGGAACGGCGCGUCUUGUGUGAGUGAGUGUGCAGGCUGCUGUGUGCGUAGCGAAGACGUCUGUGCCGUGCUCACCAUUCAUGCGGUGUGAUUAUUCCAACAAACACCUUUUGGUCUCUCUCUCUCUCUCUCUCUCUCUCUCUCUCUCUCUCUCUCUCUCUCUCUCACACACACACACACACACACACACACACACACACACACUCGGUGUCUGCUGCCUAUCACUUUCCCGCCGCCGCCGCCUCCUCCUCCCUGCUCUCGUGCCACAUUUGCACACGCGGCACCCACGCACCGCGUCUAAUUGCCUGAGCGCCAUCACAAGAUAUUAUUAAUAUUUAACACCUCUCCCGCACACCCUCUGUUUUCCUCGUCACACCAGUCAAUAUGGCCACUCUGCAACACCACCGGCAGCUUCUCAUGCAUGGCACGGAAGUGAGCUGCGACUCCAGCGGGGAUGGCGCCGUGACCGUGCGGAUUAGCAACAGUGCGCCACACGUGCAUCAACAUGAGCCGCUGAGGGCUGCCAACAGUGGAGCUGGAGAUGCUGGAGGCUAUGGGGCAGUAAGUAAGAUGAACCCUAACCUCCACAAAUACAGCAUCUCCUCCAGCUGCAGCUCAGCAGACUCCAGACCGGCAGCGACCUCCACGACCAGGGUGCGCAGGAAGGCACCGCCGCUGUUUGAACGCUCCGCUGCUCAGUGCUGGGACCCCAAGUUUGACUCCCCCAUCCUGGAAGAGGCAUGCCAAGAGAGGUGCUUCCCUCAGACACAGAGGCGGUUCCGUUAUGUUUUGUUUUACCUGGCGGUGGCAGCUGUGCUGUGGGGGGUGUAUUUUGGGGUCAAUAGUGACCGCUGCAACCCCAUGGCCUUCCUCGCCCCCACAGCCUCCUUUUUAGUCAUCCUUGUACUCCUCUUUUUGUUCACGUUAACCCAGCCGUACACGUGGCUGUACAACCAAACUUCCUUGCUCCUGAUUGCGGUCACCUUCGCCAUCACCCUAGCUCCACAGAUACAGACUGCCGGCUACACCGAGCUGGAGUGGGCUGGUGGUGGGAAUGCCUCGUAUCUCUCACCUGACAGAGUAGCACCACCCCCAACCCCUUGCAUCUCCCCUGUAGGCACAUUUUCCCUGUGCAUCGAGGUUCUGUUGUUGUUAUACAGCGUCCUCCAUGUCCGCCUGUACGCCUCAGUGAUGCUGGGGCUCCUGUACUCUAUAUUAUUUGAGGCAUUAGAAUGGCUUCCAUUGCUUCAAAGGAGUUAUGAAACUACUGGGUGGGGGACAUUGUUAGCGAGUUCAGGUUCAGACUGGGAAGGAGACACCCUCCGCUGGCUCGGCCCCGCCAAGGCACUGCUCCACUUGUGUGCCCAUGUCAUUGGCAUCCACCUGUUCAUCAUGUCAGAGGUGCGUUCCCGGAGCACCUUCCUUAAAGUGGGCCAGGCUAUCAUGCAUGGCAAGGAUUUAGAGGUGGAGAAGGCCUUGAAGGAGCGAAUGAUCCACUCAGUCAUGCCGCGACGAGUUGCAGAUGAGCUGAUGAAGCAAGGUGAUGAUGAGGGCGGUGGUGAGAACUCUGGCAAGCGUUAUUCCUCUGGUGCCUGCUCUGCCUCAGCUGUGUCGGUGGGUGGUGGAGGGAGUGGUGGAGCUUUACAAGCCCAAAGUGCCACAAACCCCAAAAAUCACCCUCACAACAAUCACAAACGCAAGAAGACCUCCAUCCCACGUGGACAGAUAAUCUUCCGCCCCUUCAAUAUGAAACGCAUGGAGCCUGUCAGCAUCCUCUUUGCGGACAUUGUGGGUUUCACUAAAAUGUCUGCCAAUAAGUCCGCACCAGCCUUGGUGGGCCUUCUCAAUGAUCUCUUUGGACGUUUCGACCGGCUCUGUGAACUAACCGGUUGUGAGAAGAUCAGCACUCUGGGAGAUUGCUACUACUGUGUAGCUGGCUGCCCCGAACCUCGGCCGGACCACGCCUACUGCUGCGUAGAGAUGGGCUUGGGCAUGAUCCAGGCCAUCGAGCAGUUCUGCCAGGAGACAUCUGAGACCGUCAGCAUGCGCGUCGGCGUCCAUACGGGCACAGUUCUGUGUGGGAUCCUGGGAAUGAAGCGCUUCAAGUUUGACGUGUGGUCAAAUGAUGUCAAUUUGGCUAACCUGAUGGAGCAGCUGGGUGUGGCGGGCAAGGUCCACCUUUCAGAGGCUACUGCCCACUUCCUGGACGACCAUUACCAGAGGGAGGAUGGACAAGUGGCGGAGAGGGCUGGCCAGAGUGUGGUGGAGAAACUGAAAGGGCUGAAAACCUACCUGAUCUCAGGAAGGAAGUUGGAGUACAAUGUGCAGUGUGGCUGUUCUCAGGUGGGAUUGUCAGGUGGAGAUUUUGUGGCGAUCAGCCUGUCCUCCUGCCCUCAGCCAUGCACACCGGAUCUCAUCCCUGGGGGAGCGCAGGCAGCUGAGCCCCUGCUGCCCCACCAGCCACCAGACAGGAUCGGGCCUCCCUGUGUGUCCCGCAGUGUGGUCUUGUCCUCAGGGGCAGAGCAGGGUGAUGAUGUAGCUGUUCUGAACGGCUGCCAGGAGGAGCACAAGACCAGUAGUGCCAAGUUCAUCCCAGGUCACAGCCCCAGGGCAGCCAACGGUCUCCUGAGUCCUCCGCUGGAGGACCCGGUGCGAGCCAGCCAGAGUUCCCUGUGCGACAUGCUCCAGGAGAAAGAAAAGAAGACCAGCACUAGUACAGGAACUGGAACCAGUCUAGGCAUGGCUGGCGGUGCAGGGGCAUCAGGCACUGGAAUGGACCACUCCGCCCUGAUCCAGCUGCGUGCCAAAAACUUCAGAGAAAAGAGUGACGCCCACUUUGUGGAUGUUAUCAGGGAGGACAGUCUGAUGAAGGACUACUUUUUCAAGCCCCCUAUCAACAAGAUCAGCCUUAAUUUCCUAGAGAGACCUCUGGAAAAGGCCUAUCGCAGCAGCUACAAGGAGGAGGUGAAGAACCAGGUUCAGGUGCAGACGUUUGCGAGCUCCACCUUCAGCUCCUUCCUGGAUGUUCUCCUCAGCUGUUUCGUCUUCCUGGCCCUCACUCUGGCCUGCUUCCUUCCACCUCUGGUGAGCCCGGCCACUGUGGGCCCACCGGCCCCUGCUGCCCUGGCCCUGGCUCCUCUGGCUGGCCUGUUUGAGCUGGCCUCACUGGCGCUGUCCAUACGCAUGGCCUUCUAUCUGGAGGAGGUGAUGAGCUGUACCCGCUCCCUGCUCCUGGUGGUCUCUGGGUGGGUCCCCCGUCAUGUGGUCGGGGCUGUGUUAGUCUCCCUCCCUGCCAUCUCCGUCUUGUCCCACCUCACUUGCAGUGUCCACUUGCCCCUCCAGGUGACCAUGUUCCUGUGCUGUGCCACCAUCCUGGCCAUCAUCCAGUAUUGUAACUUCUGUCAGCUUAGUUUCUGGAUGCGCUCAGUCCUGGCAACUGCUACGGGGGUUGCACUGCUGCUGCUGCUCUACAGCCCCUUGAACAGGUACAGCUCCGGUAAUAACAGCUUUCCAGUACAUGGACUGAAUGUCUCCACACUCGGUGAUGGUAGUUCAGUAUCACUCCCUCCUCCGCGACCUCUUGACCUUCUGGUCCCAGAGGCGGUCUUGGCCUUCUUCUUGCUUCUCCUCCUCGUCUGGUUCCUCAACCGUGAAUUCGAGGUCAGCUACCGUCUCCAUUACCAUGGCAAUGUAGAGGCCGACAAGCACCGCUACAAGAUCCAGCAGAUGCGAGACCAAGCUGAGUGGUUACUGGGAAACAUCAUCCCCAUCCACGUCGCUGACCAGCUCAAGGUGACCCAGAGCUACUCCAAGAACCAUGACAGCGUGGGUGUGAUCUUUGCCAGUAUUGUAAACUUUAGCGAGUUUUAUGAAGAGAGCUACGAGGGCGGGAAAGAGUGCUACCGUGUCCUCAAUGAGCUAAUUGGAGACUUUGACGAGCUCCUUCGUAAACCCGAAUUCAAAAGCGUGGAAAAAAUCAAGACAAUCGGUGCCACCUACAUGGCAGCAUCGGGACUGAAUGUGCGGCAGCUGGCCGAGAAUGAUGAUGAGUCUCCGCACGCUCACUUGAGGGCACUUUUCAACUUUGCCUUGGAGAUGAUGGGCGUCCUAGAUGACUUCAACAAGAACAUGCUGGGUUUUGGUUUCAAGCUCCGCAUCGGAUUUAACCACGGGCCACUGACGGCUGGGGUGAUUGGCACCACUAAGCUGCUCUAUGACAUCUGGGGAGACACUGUUAACAUUGCCAGCCGCAUGGACUCCACCGGUGUGGAGUGUCGGGUGCAGGUGAGCGAGGAGAGCCACGCUGUGCUCAGUGCCAUGGGCUUAGAGUUUGACUACAGAGGUACAGUGAAUGUUAAGGGCAAAGGUCAAAUGAGGACCUUUCUGUACCCCAAAAGUGGGGAAAAUAUAUAUCCAGACCGAACGGAGCUGGGUGCCAGCGUUGGACCCUCAUCCAUGGCAUCGGUAGCCAAUAAGACUUCAGGAUCUGUUGCCCAGGCAGCAGCUCCUCCUCCCUGUUCUUCCUUUUCUCCCACUACUCCUUCUUCCUCCUCCUCUCUUUCCACAGUCCCUCCUCAACCACAAAGCGCUGUACGGCCUUCAAGAGCAGGGCCUGAGCCUGUCCAAGCUAAGUCCUCAGAGGCGAGGGAGGAGGGAUACAGGGACGCUCCACACCUCCCCAGGCAGCCCCCUGCCACAGACCUUCACCUCCCUCCCCUCUCUGAACUAGGCCCCGAGCUGAGUGCUGCACUAGCGCCCUCCCAGAGCCAGCCUGCUCCUCUCGCACUUCAAGAAGAGGAGAACGAAGAGGAGGAGGAGGACGAGCUAACGAAACUCAACGAAGAGUUUUACGCUCGUCUCUGAUCCCUGUCGUCUGUCCCCCUGCUGCCCUCAGCUGCUGCCCUUUCAGGACCGACUGCAGGUGUGGGCAGGACGUCUCUCCCUUUAGACAUGGGUGAAGAGUCUUCGGCAUUGAUGAAGAAGAGAUAGUUUGACACUCCAACCCAAACGGUGGCUACAGUGGCUAGAAAGUAGCUGCUAAUGUCUUUAAUGGGAAGGGUUAGACCUGUGUUGAGCACAGCGGUGUAUUGGGGAGAAGGCUGAAAUGUGUUCAGAUGGAAGGAAGUGUUGUUGGUGUUUUUUUUUCCUUAUUUGUUUUUGUUAUUAAGUGCCUUCAGGACUAGAACAGUGACCGAACAAAUAUGAACACUGAACAACGUUUUAACAAUCGUAGACUAAGGAACAUGCUGUGGUUUCUUACUCCAUAGUUUUACUUUCAAUGCAAGUAUUUCAAAACAAUCAUUAUUGUUGUGCCAUAUCAUUUGUUUUAACUUGAUCAAAAUCUUGACCUUAAGGGAAAAUAAUAUUAGAUUCUAUAUAAGUGCCAGUGCAGCAUGACGGGCUGAGCAGGGAACUAUGGGAAGAAUGAGGGAAUCACAUGAAGCAGUGUUAAUUUAUGUAUUCUGCUUUGACAUGAGGGCUUGAUACAGUAUUCAUUUGUGCUUGAGUCUCGGUAAAAAGGGACAUGCUACCAAGCAGGCUGCAUAGAUUUUAGUUGUGUCGCAGCUAAAUGCACAUUUUAAGCACAGGUCUUGCACAGUGUUUUCUCGACCACUUGUAUUUGGUAGUUAUCACCGUCAAACAGCUUUUAAGGAGGUUUAAACAGAGCUCUAGUCUGUCACAACAAGUACAAUCAAAAGCACAAAAUCAAAUCAGAUAAGGGAAUGUAGAUUUGGAAGAAAAGUGAGAGCGUCAAAGAAGCAGGAAGGCACUUUAAAUAUACCUAGCAAAGUGAUACUCCACCCAAGAUGUGUCUUCUGAGUAUGAAGCAACGUCUGUAGACCUGAAAUAUGGGGGCUAAAAGAUUGUAGUUUGAUUCUGAAUGGAGCAUGGUGAAUACGCACAGAUUGAACUGAUUUUUGAUUCCAUGGAAACGUCUCAAACCGAUCCUGCAACCAUGUCUUCUUUAGUCUCAGUCUUCUCGGUAUCAAUAUCCCUGUCUGUUUUUUCAUUGGUCCUAGCCACUCCAUUUGAGCGGACUUGGAUCCCUUUUCAAACCAACUUGCAACCAGUUGUGUUUGAGCACCUACAUUUGAACCAGAGCAUUUCAAUCAAAAAUGAAUUAGUUCUCAACCCGAAAGAUUGGUUCCAAGCCGAAUCCCCAAAUUAGCAGGUUUUCCUUAAUCUGGGGUAUGAAGUGGGGGUGUCAGAUUCCACAGUUGUAUUCAUAUUAUUGUAGCCAUAUUACGAUGGUUCCCUUCAAAACUGGUGAAAACGCUAGCUGGUGUGCUGGAUAGCAAAAGGUUCAAGAAUCUUGGAUGGAAUCGGUUAAGGAACUGGAGCCCAUUAGGUGGAAAGGGGGUAUCAUAGGCUAGCAAGACCCCUGCUGUACUGCAUAAAAGAGCGAAAAGAUAUUCUGUAUUUUUAUUGUUACUCAAUUCUGUGAAAAGGUCAAAAGCAGCAGUCUGCUGAUCCCUCUUUUAUGCCUUUUUCCCAGUAUUGCAGUACGGUAAUGAUAGGAAACAAGGAAGGAAAGAGAUGGGGAAAGAGACGCGACAAAAGGUUCCAGGACAUACACAGAACAGGAGAAGUUGCAGUUGAUAAUCACAAUUUAAGCAGGAAUUAAUCAUUAAUUUGCUGUGGAUUAUUUUCAGUGGCUAAACUUGGUGUGCCAGUGAGUAUUAUUAGCAACAACGACUCAAGAUGAAAACUACAGAGUCCAUGUUCAUUGUAUUAAAAGGGACAUGUCAGCCAGUGCAAUGACGUGGCUCAUCUGUGUGUUUUUAUUAGUUUUUGGACAUCGAAGGCACAGAGGUAUAAGGUAUUUCACUGCACUUGACAACACUUUAUUGUUUUCAUUGUUGGUUUAGCUUUUUUCGUCAAAUUUGUUUACAAUACAAAUAAAAACACCAGACCUGUAAAGCUUACCGUGGGCGAGACUUUGAGACUAUUAAGAUUUUGAGUGGAGUAUCACUUGAAGUGGGACUGUGAGGGACAAUCACUGUGUAGUUCUCGAUAGAUGAUAGGGCGGUCCACAAUGCUGUUGGUGACAGUGUCGAAGCACAGGUCAGAUCAAGUGCAGUCUCUACAGUACUUUGUGUAAAACCUCAGACUCAAGUGUUGUGACGUUCUAUCUGUUGCCUUCAUUGCCACAGGAAAAAACAAACAUUGGUCAGUCCAUCACUAUAGAUGUAUUCAGUAGUUAAGUAUUGUCUGCCUUUAGCUGUGUGGUUUGCUGUUGAAGGGGAGGGACUUUAAACUGUGUCACAGGCUUUAUACAGAGUGGGCCCUCUCUACUGUAUCAAUAUACUUAAAUUGUGCCACUUUAAUUGAGUGAUCUACAGGUGCAGUGCAACCUAAACUAGCUGAUUGUUUUGUGGUGCCUAAAAGAAUGACUGUAUUUUUUGAGUAUUUUGGUUUUCAGAAAGUUUUUUUUUUAUCAUGCUGUUUUCAUAAUGAGGAUAGAUUGUGAUUGUAUGUGUGAGGAAAUGAUGCUUAUUCAUGCAGGUUUUGAUGCAAUUGUUUUUGACAAAUUCCAUUUUUUUUUUGCUUUUCCAGUGCUUUCAUUCUGUCAGGAAGCCAUCACCUGUUCCCGUCUGUAGUUCUUUACUCACUUAAAGCUUUGUCUUUACUCCUGACAGCACUUUUUUUCCCCUUGUACUUGGUGUGCGUGUGUGUGUGUGUGUGUGUGUGUGUGUGUGUGUGUGUGAGAGAGAGAACUUUUACUCCAAGUCAGUAACAUCAAAAGGUCAGUGUAAUAGGAUGCAAAAGGCAAACACAAUGCCGCAGUUACCUGCUUCUUGCUGUUGCUGUAGAGGAAUUACACACAUAAGCUAAAUUCAAAUGGAGACAAAACAGCCCUGAAGUUUGAAAUCUGUACAACGAUCCAUCCAACCCAUAUCACCGACACAUCUUUCAGAGAUAGAAUGAACCAUCUGUGUUCAAGUAGCCGUCUCCAUCUGUAGCAUUAAAAGCAUCUUUGUUUACCCUUUGCCAUUGUGCACUCCGAGCAUACACAACCAGUGCCUUUUUGAAUUUGAAAUAUGUUUAAUCAGUGUGUGUGAGCUGUGAUUGUUUGUAUCAAAUGGUAGUGAUAACUCCAGUGGCACAAGCAUCCUGAAAAGUCCGAAGAGGUUUUCCUCAGGAGCUGUCACUCUGGAUUGAGACACUGAGGAUAUGAGGUCUGUUUUGUUGGCAACAGGCACAUCUCUGCUGUUGUACACAAACUCUCAACACUCUCAGUUUUGCCAAACCUAAUACACUAUACCACACUAAGUUAUGACAAUAGGUGGGAGGAUAGGGUAUCAGUUUUCCCCCCACAUUUUCCAGAUUACCCUUCUUCCUCAAGUUGUUAGGUGAUCCUCUGUGAUUUUCUGGCCAUAUCACUGUAGCCCUAAUACGCACAGCAUUGGCAGACACUAGCCUCUCUAGCAGUGCACAUCUGUCCACAGGCAUGAAGGCGUUUGUGAACUCUGCUGGCCCUGUGAUGUGUGAUACAAGUGAGUGUGACCUGUCUGCAUGGGAAUGAAUGAGCGGCUUUCUUCUUUGCUAGACACACUUCAUUUUUGAUCCUGCACCAUGCUACCAUCCUUUCAUUUCAUUUCAACGUUGUUCUUCCUGCGAUCACCUUUAAUAUUAAGCAUGUGUCGCCAACACGCAGGAUUCUUCAACUCACCAAGCUUUGCUCGUUUAAGGCUGCUUGGAUUUUGUUUCUCUCUGAUGGAUGAUGUGUGCAUGAAAAGAUUUGUUUUCGUUCUGGCAGAGGAAAAGACCAGACCAGAAAAAGCCAAGUGCAGAGAGGCCUGUAUUGUUGAAGAAAUGUGAUUGUGCUUUGUAACAGAAACAUGAGGGAGAGGCAUAAAGGCCACAGAGUCUUUUAUUAGCACUGGUUUAAAUCAUCACAGCACAACAGCAUAGGCUAAUCACUCAUUUAAAUGGUGACAGCUCCACAUCAUUUUAAUUUUCUAGCCAAUUCAACCCGUAUGUGUUUUUAUUACACUGGGACAAACAUUAGACAGAGUUGUUUGAUUAAAAAUCUUUGUGUAUUCGUUUUUAUGUUCUUGAAUGAGAUGUAUUAUGUAUGUUUUGUGCACAUUACCCAUGUAUCAUUUAUCAACACAUGAUCGUAAUCUGUACACAUUUGCACAAAGCACUCAGUGUUUGUACAUAUGCAGUUAUUUUAUGUCACAUAUGAUUUUUUUUUUAUACAUGUGCAUGUGUCAGAUUUUUGCCAGAAAACAAUGAAAAAUGAACACGUAUUAUGAAAUUGAUUCAAUGAGUGUCUCUUUAAGAAAGUGUGAGUGUUAUGACUUUAUUACUCCUUUUUUUUCAGUGUGAGAGAAAUAAAUCUCCAAGCAGAAAACA